GUGAUAUGUUUCAUUCGACAAUUUCUUUGAUUAUUUUGCAAGAUAAAAUAAUUUCCACACCCGAAUUUUUAAUCCAAUAUCGACCUUUUGGAGUUCCCAUAUUUGUAUCAUAUGGGUGGAUUCAAUAUGUUACAACUUCGAUUUUGUCACAUAUAAUCAAAAUCCAAUAA